AUUGUCCAGCCUCCUAUUAGCAGCCCCUCCCCUAUUCUGCCUGGCACUGCUUCCUGGGAAUUCAGCAGGAAGAUGCCACCCUGAGCUCCCAGAAAGGGACAGCUGAACCUCACCACUGCAUUCUAACUGGCUUUUAUCUCAGGUGGACAUGGCCUGCUGGGGACACAUUCAACCCAAUGGCCUGGCCUGGGCCCUGCAACUGAUGCUGGCAUGGAUCCUAUUGGAGGCCUGUGGAGGGAGCCACGCACUCCAACCUAGGUCCUGGGGACACCAUGUGCCGGCAACUGAUCUGGGCACAGACCAGGUGCACCUGGCAGGAUCUUGUUGUCCCACAGAGAUGGACACGCCAGAGGCAUCAGGCCCUGGGGUUUCUCCAGAGUGGUGUGGGGCACGGAGCACCGGGUGCGAAUCCUUCCUGGGACACCUUCAAGUUGCGCUCCGCAGUCGCUUCCGCAUACUGCUAUUGGGGGUACGCCAGGCGCAACCGCUCUGCCCGGAGCUCUGUGAGGCCUGGUUUGCCAUCUGUGAAAAUGAUAUGACCUGUGGCUGGACUUGGCUCCCACUCCCAGUUAAAAGGAGCUGUGAACCCAACUGCCGUACCUUUGGGCAGACCUUCGUUGAUGGGAUGGAUCUUUGUCGUUCGGUUUUGGGCCACACCCUGCCAGUGGCCUCUCCUGGCGCCCGUCACUGCCUCAACGUUUCCCUCCCGGUUCUGUCGCAUCCAAGACCCCGACAGCGGUCCCAGGAAGCUACCUCCCGGCGUUCCCGCCGCCCUCGCACUUUGAUCCUGGAAGCAGCCGGCAGCGGGAGUGGCAGUGGAAGCGGCAGCGGCGCCUAGCGGACGCCUGGCCUUGGAUGGGAGAUGUAGCCCUUCUCUGGCCCCACCCCUCUCCCUCUCUGCUUUCUAGUUUUCCAAUAACCUGUCCCUCCUCUCUGGGGCUCCACAGAUUUGCCCCUCUCCAGGUUAUCUGAAAACAGCCAACUCUCGCUCAUUUUUCCCACUCCUCCAUGAAUAAAGUCACCAGCUAAGAGCACGUGAUGUGGCUGCUUCUUGGGGAAAUGGGUGAGCAGGAAAUUUUCAAGCAAGUGACAGGUGUCUCAUUUCUAAUCCUCAGAGCCUAGAAUUAGCGAUUAAUUCAUACUAGAGUGUAAAUAAUGGAUGGCCUACAUUACCCUGGGGCAUUCAGCAUGACUCAGAAUACCCAGUUACCAGAAAUGGGGGUGGGGAUGUCAGAAUAGGGGCUGAUUAGAAUACGGGUUGUUCCCUCCUACUGUGUGCCACCAGGCCUGCCAAGAAGCUGGCUG